AAAAAAUAAUAUAUAUUUAUAUAUAUACAUAUGGGAGAAAAUUUACUCAAAUUUGAGAGGGUAUUUUGUAAAUUUUCCUUUUAUUUGUUUUCCUACUCAAAUAAAAUGCGCAUCAAAACCUGCGUCAGGGGGUUAGGGUUCUUCCGGAAUCAGCAAUAGCAGUGAAAGAGAAAUGGCGACGGAUUCAUCGGAGGGAGAAGAGGAAGCGAAGCUGACAGGAGGGAAUAAGGUACUGAUGGUGGACGACAAUGAUCUCAGAGAAUUGGGCAAGAAGGCAGCUUGGACUGUCAGCUCUUGCAAGCCCGGCAAUGGCGUCUCUUCUCUCCGCGACGACAAUCUCGACACAUAUUGGCAAUCAGACGGUGCACAACCUCACCUGGUAAAUGUCCAAUUCCAGAAGAAAGUAAAGCUACAACUUGUUGUUCUAUAUGUGGAUUUCAAACUUGAUGAAAGCUAUACGCCAUGCAAGAUUUCUAUCCGAGCAGGGGAUGGAUUUCACAACUUAAAGGAGAUAAAAGCUGUGGAACUCGAUAAGCCAACUGGUUGGGUUACUAUAUGCUUGUCAGGAAAUGAUCCAAGGGAAACUUUUGUCAAUACUUUUAUGUUGCAAAUUGCUGUAUUGUCAAAUCAUGUUAAUGGGAGGGAUACUCAUAUUCGCCAGAUCAAAGUUUAUGGGCCGAGGCCGAACCCUAUCCCUCAUCAAGCAUUUCAAUUUACUUCAAUGGAAUUCAUUACAUAUGCAUCUGUGAGAUAAGAAGUGAGAUGAAAAUUGUUGGAUGAAGCAGAUUGUACCAUAGUCAUGAAGGAGUUCUUUUAGGCAUGUGAAACCAUAAAGCUGCAAUGUCUACCACCCCAAAAGAACACGAAUAGAUUUCUUCUUUCUGAUUUGUUAUAUAUAUAUCAUUGCAUAGGUUAUAAAUGUUAUCUAAAAUGGCUGAUAUGGGGAGCAAAUCUUGGUGUCCAUCUAUGUAUCAAUAAUUAGAUUCAUCAAUUUAUUUUGUUAAAUUUUUGGAUACUAAAUUAUGCGAAAUAAUGAGAUUAAAGAUGGUAUGAGUUGGUAUCUAAAAGAA